CCCACGAGCUUCAAUAACACUAAAAUCAUUGAUAAUCAGCUAAAUACAUCCGUUUCGUAUCGUGCUCAGUUUGAUCCUAAAAAAGAUUGUGUUCAUAGUUGGCGUACUCAAGCUUGUGCAGGUGGAUUUUACUUGAAUCUAAGUGAACCAAAUCCUCAACCCAAACCUUGUCCUUCAGGAUUCUUCUGUCCAGCUGAACUAUACUGUCUUAUACCGUGUCCAUCAGGAGCUUACUGUGUACCAAAGGAAAAGAAGCUUGAAAGGGGUAAUAUCCGAUGUGGUGGUUUUGGUGUGUGCUGUGGUAAUAAUGAACAUCCACUAAUAGUGAACUCUUCUGCAAGAAAAUGUAACGGCCUUGAAGAUAAGAAUUGUUUAUGUGGUGGUACUGACAUACCUAAACCUUGUCCUGGAGGCUACUAUUGUCUUGCACCGAAUGUUAAAGAACCAUGUGAGUCUGGGUACUAUUGUGGUCCAGGUAGUACUGCGUCUUAUCCUUGCCCGUGGCUUACAAGAUGUAAAAAGAAAAGCUCUGCACCGAUCAUCAACUUCAUUGCUCCAUUAAUAAUUCUUUUGAUCGUACUAACGUUGACAAUUCUAUUGGUGAUUUAUCAAAUAUGGCAAAAGAUUAAACCCUGCUACGAUUCGUGUCUGAAAAAGGAAGAAAGAAGUCGUAUGAGGAUAAUCCCUAGUGAUGAUGCAGAGAUUGAAAGUGAAGCCAUUAUGGGAGCACAAAGAUACAAAAUCAACAUAAGCUUUGAUGAAUUGGGCCUGACUUUAAAAUCUGGAAACAAAAAGGUUGUACUACAAGGAGUCACAGGUCAUAUACGCUCAGGAGAGGUAACUGCUGUAAUGGGACCAUCAGGAGCCGGUAAAACGACUCUCCUUAACACGUUGAGUGGUAAAGCUUAUUACGGGAAAAGAACUGGAAAAAUAUUAUUCAACGGUGAAGCUGUAACAGGAAUAAACGAAUUUAGAUCUAUAACAGGAUUUGUUCCUCAGGAAGAUACGAUGCACAGGAAUCUAAAAGUUAAAGAAGUUUUAUAUUACCAAGCAAUGUUACGUUUACCAACUGAAACUAAGAAAAAAACCAUCGACUCCAAAGUAGACGAGAUAUUGACCAAUCUUGAAAUUUCUAACGUUGCUGACUCGAUUAUUGGGGACAAGGAAACAAGAGGAAUUUCUGGAGGACAACGAAAAGUAAACAUUGGAAUGGAAUUGAUUGCUGAUCCAACUUUGCUUUUUUUGGAUGAACCUACGAGUGGUUUAGACAGUACAUCAAGUUUGUCUGUGUUGAGAUCACUACGAAAAGUAGCUGAGCAAGGAAAAUUGACGGUGUUUUGCGUCAUACAUCAACCUCGUUUUGAAAUAUUUCAAAUGUUUCACAACAUUUUGCUUCUUGGUCCUGGCGGUAAAACAGUUUAUCAAGGCAACGUACCUGACGCAAAGAUAUACUUUUCAAACCUCGGAUUUGAAACACCUGCAAAUGUUAAUCCCGCUGAAUUUUAUAUGGAUGUGAUUGAUGGCCGAGAGAAGUCAUCUGAAAAUGAAAAUAUUGAUCUAUUUAGGGCUUGGAAUUACCACUUACAAAGUACUAUAAUCUCCAGUCAUGACGAAGAACAACCCAAAACUAAAGUAAAAAAACGUGUACUUCCUAACCCGUUCGUUCAGUUCCUCAUAUUCACUCAAAGAGAAUUUAUUCUUCAAUAUCGAUCAAGGAAAACUUUGUUAAUUGAUACAUUUCUUGUUUUCUUUGCUGGGGCUGUUCUUGGAGCUCUUUAUCUUGAGGUAACUUUAGAAAAGUUUACUGGUUUGACAAGAAUGAGUGGAAUGGCUAUUGGUUUGACGACAAUGUUAGCAUCUCUGAGAUGUUUUGGAAAUCACCGAACUACAUUUUGGAGAGAAAGUGCUGCUGGUGUAAAUCGGUUUAGCUAUUUUGCUGUAAACUUUGCUCAAAUUCUCUUAUUGAUUAUGCCAUUGGUCUACCUGAGCUUUCUGUAUACUUUAACUUCGCCUAGAUCUUAUUUCGUUUCGCAUUACAUAGCUGUAUUUUGUGCUCAGUUUUGCUGCUCCGGAAUUGGUUAUGCAAUAUCCACAAUAUUUAAUCCUAAGAGUUCUCAAAUGGCAUCUGUUGUUGUUGUAUUAGUUAUGGCUAUGUUGUCUGGUUCUUCUCCUACUCUGUGCAAGCUCGACAAAUUAACAUUUUUUGGACCACUUGCUUACAACCUUUCAUUUAUCCGUUGGUUUGUCGAAGCCCUGUUUGAAAAGGAGGCAUUACGUUAUCCUGACGUUGAUCGUCCAAUACGUGACCGCAUCGCUUUUCAAGAUCAUUACAGUUUAGAUGGAAACUAUUCUUUCUGUUUGGGAAUGAUUGUUAUCAUGGCUUUCGUUUAUCGUUUAUUUGCUUUAUUGUUUUUGUUGUUUACAAAUCGUGGAAAACAGCAAUAAAACAAAGCAAGAGGAUAGUUUUGCAAGGGUUUAACUCGUAUAUAUCAUAGCGUAGAUCAUACCGUAGUCUUGUCUAAGUUAAGUCUUGUAUAGUAAAACAGACAUUACUUUUGUGUUUUACUGCUUUUAGUAUUCUUACUUAAAAUUAUCAUAAAUGGAGGCCAAUAUAGUGUCUUGAUAAAAACAGUUAUUCUGUUUUGUUUUAUAAUAAUGCUUGUGUUAAUUUAUAAAAUUUUGUUGGGAAUUAUGCUUUCAAUAAAUUUUGUCUAAUGAACAAAUUACAAAAGUUAAAUCAUGGUUAAUAAAGCAAAUGUCUGGAUUA